CCCGACAGUAUUUUUUGACCCGCGGCGUUGACGUUCUUCACAAGCUCAUAAUCGCUGCUAUCCUCGUAGCUCUUGUUCACCACCCUUCACUACCUUCCUACCUGCUUUUCAAGCCUUUUAAGCGUUUAAAGGCUAGCCCCCCCGGCCUAGCACCGACCCCGCCUAUUUACAUGAGCACCGACGUUGUUCUUCCUGGUGACAUCUCCAACCUUGGCGUUGGAUUCGAUCCGCUUGCCGACUCUGCCGGCGCCGACGAGGGCAAUGCCGGAGAGGACGCUGUGCACAUUCGCGUGCAGCAGCGCAACGGCCGCAAGUCUCUGACAACCGUCCAGGGUCUCAAGGAGAAGUACGACUACAACAAGGUGCUCAAGGCCCUGAAGAAGGAGUUCUGCUGCAACGGCACUGUUGUGGAGGACCCGGAGCUGGGCAAGGUCAUUCAGCUGCAGGGCGACCAGCGCAAGAAUGUCAGCGACUUCCUGCUGGGCCAGAAGCUCGUGAAGAAGGACCAGAUCAAGAUUCACGGCUUCUAAGGAGCCUCUAGUCGUGGCGGCACCCUGCGGUGUGCUGCGCGUAAUAGCGCCAGUGGAGAGCACCCUUGGCGUGUUUCGGGCUGUCCAUUCACCUAGCCACCGAACCAGAAAGUGGUGCACGUGGAGCAUACCCAGGGGCGCUGGCCCCGCCAGCGCUCGCGCAUGCGAGUGCAGUUGAGUUUAAAGUUCAGACGUGCAUGUGGUGUGGGGGGCUGUUUGUGCACGGCGUGGCACACACCCGAGCGUCUCCUGUGAGAGGGACCGCUUUGGUAUAAAGGCAGUGGCAUUAUGGGGCAUGUACCCUACCUGUGCCGCCUCUGCCUAAUGCAGAGAGGGACAUAUAUCGGCCUACAAGGCAUUGCAGACAUCGGGGAAAGCGCCAUAUGCGUCAACCCCCUAGAAUGCUCAGGUUCUGAUUUAUGUGCAGGGUUACAGUGUUUACUACGCCAUGUAAUGCUAUUACGCG